AUGGCUAUGAAGGAAGGUUCUUUAAAGAAUGUUCUUCGUUAUUGUGAGAAUGUGGCUGAAUGUAGACGAAAGAAGUUGGCUGCGGCUUUUGACGAGAAAUACAGUGCCGAGCAAUGUAUUGCAACCGCUGGUCCCUGUACAAUUUGUGAAGCUUUAAUGGAUGGAAAACAACCUUUAAAACUUUACGAUUUUACUGGUGAAGCGCUCGCUGUCUUCGCCUCGAUGAGAAUGCUUCGUAAUACUUGUAUAAGCUAUAUGGCUGAUAUCUUCCGGGGAUGUUUAACUAAAAAACGUGUUAAACAAACGAUGGAUGAUAAUAGUCACGGACGUUUGCCUUUUUUCGGUCUUGGAAGUGGUCUCACUGAUACCGAUUGUCAACGUUUCAUGCAAAAGCUUGUAAUUGAUGACUAUUUGUAUUUGAGAUUGACCAGCACUAGACAUAUGACUGUUAUUGGAUAUGCUGCUUUGGGAAAGAAAGGAUCUAAUUUACUUAAUAAAUACAAGCAACAGGAGAAUGUACCUCCAAAUGAACGAAUUUAUUUACACGUUUCUGAUGCAAAAGAAAAAAGGCGUAGUAGCAAAGGCCAUACAGACUUAGAUGCUGAUGACCAAACAAAUAACAUUGCAAAUAAACGAAAAAGACUGAGCCAAGUGACAAUGUCUCCUUUUGUGAAUUUUUGCUGAUCUUUUUACAUAUUU